CUGGGAGUUCCGUAUUUUUAUAACUAUUAACUAAUGGAUAUUCCAGUUUUCUACCUAAACUUUUGCUGAUGCUGUAGUCUAGACAUGUCGUAAACCUGUUCAGUUUCGAAAAAACCAUUGCUGAACCAGAACGUGCGGAAAAAUAAAAUUUGUGUCUACUAUAAGAUCACGCUGUAAUUCGCGUUCAGGGUUAUUCUUACGCAGCUGGUUAGACGAGAAGAAAUUUUUCAUUUUGGUAUCAAAAUGGAUAAAGUUUUUGGUGACAGUCGGUUAUACAGUAAUAUUUUAAUGUCGUCUUUUUACGAUAAACAAAUUUCCACAAUGUUAUAUGUAGCAGUGGUAUUGAGUUUAGUUUAUUAUUACAUCAAUUAUAAAAUCAAACGCCGGCACUUGGAGAAGAUGCUUGAUGAGUUCGAUGGACCUAAAGGACUCCCUCUUCUUGGAAAUGUUUUCGAAUUCUCAAGCUGCCCUAAAGAGGUUUUGAAGAAUGUACUCAGAAUUAUAACUAUCUACAAAAGCACCUUUAAAAUAUGGCUACUUAACAGACCGUACGUCUUCGUUCACACUCCAGAAGAUUUCCAAACAGUAGCAUUCAAGGUUUUGGCAAAAGACAGCUCUUACAGACUCACAGUAGAAAUGUUAGGUGACGGAUUAUUCGUAGCUGAAGUGGAAAAGUGGAAAAGAGAUCGUCGUAUUAUCGGUCCAGUAUUCAGUUCGAUCACCCUACUUCACAGUUUUUUGAAAAUAUUCAAUGAACAAAAUGUCAAUCUGGUUAAUCAAUUGAAAAAAGAAGUUGGUACUGGAAAACACUUCGAUUUAUGGCCAUAUAUCUCGAUAACUUCUAUAAUGACAAUUUGUAGAGGUAUCCUGGGUUAUGAAGGCACUCAAGAUUCUACAGAAAUUUUAAACUUUGGAAACGCUCUCGUCAAGUCAUCCGAACUCGUUAGUAAACGAUUCUAUAAACCUUGGUUGAUGCCAUCAUUCAUUUUUACCAUUUAUCGAUACAUAUUGGGACAUGGAGACAUAUUCAAUUCAUUGAGAACGUUACCUUUCAAAAUGGUAAAAGAGCGACGAAAAUUAUUUCAACGAAUGAAAACAGAAGGUUAUGUUUGCACAGGGGAAGAAAGAACAAUGCAAAAUUUCAUCGAUAUCUUAUUAAAUUUACAUGAAAAUACCGGCUUCACAGAUCAAGAGAUCGUAGACGAAACACUUUCCGUCAUGUUUGCUGGCAGUGAAACUAAUGCUCUGACAAGUAGCUUCUGUUUGCUUAUGUUGGCCAUAAGACCAGACGUUCAAGAACGAAUUUACGAAGAAGUCUAUUCGGUAUUUGGCGAUGGAAAUCGUUUACCGGAUCUGGAAGAUCUCUCAAAAUUACCAUACCUGGAACAAUGUAUCAAAGAAACCCUUCGAAGAUUUCCAAUUGUGCCAUGUAUAUUUCGUCAUGCGCAAGAAGACAUACCCAUCUCUAAUGGAAAAAUCAUCCCAGCUGGAUGCAAUAUAGUACUUAACAUCAUUGGAGUUCACCAUAAUCGUGACGUUUACCCAAAUCCAGAAGUUUGGGAUCCAAGCAAUUUUGAUCCUGAUAAAGUUGCAAAUCGACAUACCGGCAGUUUUGUACCAUUCAGUGCAGGACCCAGGGGAUGCUUAGGUCAGAAGUAUGGGAUGGUGGCGAUGAAGGCGUUACUUUCAACUAUAAUACGAAAUUUCAAAAUGACCACCGAUGUUAAAAUGGAAGAUAUCGAAGUAAGAGUUGACCUGAUAAUAAGGAGCAUAACAGGUUACCAAGUUAAGUUAGAUUACAGGCAUGGAAAGUCUAUAUUUUAAUGAGUAGAUAUCGGUAGGUAAAAAAAUAUGGUCCACGGUUCUCUUGUCAUGUACUUACUCCUCACCAAUCUUACCACCAAAUUAAACACGAUAAAUUUCUGAACUGUCUUCACUUAGACUCAACUUUCAGAGAGAUUAUCUUCAAAAAAAUACUUAUAUGUAUAAUAAAAUAUUAUCUUGAUGAGACUAUCAAGAUCUUGAAAGAGAAAAAAACACCUCCUAAAUAAUGUACCUACAACUUUUUUCAUGACCUCAUGCAUUUUUUGUUAAAAAUAUUCCAUUAGAAAUCAAACAAAAAAUAGACAAUUCUUUUAAAGGAUGAGUUUAAGAUUUUAUACUUUUGAUUUUUUGGGUUGUUUUUUUUUUAAAUUAAUAAAAAAAUCAAAUUUACCAGAAAUCAAGGCUAAUUGACCUUGUAAAGCAAACUUUUUUUUUAAGAAGAAGGAGGAAACGGCGGAGAGAGAAAAUACCUAAUAAAAGAUGGUAGAGGAGAUGGGAGGAAGAGGAACAAGGGAAUGUCGCGAGGAGGAAUGUCGUUGAAGUACAUUUUCAUAUUCUUUUCCGCGCAUGUUGUAUGUGUAUGUAUGUACAGUAGGUAGGUAAAUAUAAUUUUAAGCACAUAUUUACGGCGGAAAGUGUAGGCAACUUUGUAUUACUUCAGUUUUUGUGAAGAAUUCAUUUUUUCCGAUCAUGUAAGUUGAAUUAUUAAUUUUAGUCUGCAGUUUCCUUGCAUCGACGAAGUAUGUAAAUCAAGAAAUAAUACCAAAAUUCAUUAAAUUAAACUAAGUUAUGAAAAAUAAUUAUGAUUCUCCAAUUUUUAGAAAUUAGUCGUUUAUUAUUCGAAAAAAUUGUCUUUCAACAUUAGUUUAAUGCACUCAAAAAUUUUCACUUAGAAAUGUCAUACUACCUAUGUAAAUGAAAGUAGCUACAAUUUAAAAAAAUAUGUUUGAUAUUAAAUAAUAAGUAUCCACCCAUAUAGAAUUACUCGUGUAAAUAUUAUAUGAAGUUGAAUUUGGGUAAAUUACGAGUAUUUAUUGUUUAAUUUUUUGUAGAUAAGUAGACGAUUAGAAUAAUUUUUUACAAUUUUAGAAAUUACCUAAUUAAAUAUUCAUUUUCAUUA